CGUGGACUGACCCUGGACCGUUGCCCGCAAUGGAGGGUUGCACCAGUUGAUAAGCUUGGCUGGAGAUUUAUCACCCCCGCUGCUCAAAUAAUUCAUGUCUUCCCGCAUCUGCGUGUAUCGUCGUCCUUGCUGAGGACUUUCUAGGCCUCGUCUCCUUGGCUGUCCAGUUGGGUUACCCAUCCAACCAUACGUGGCUCGAUAUCUCCACACAGCACUGUUCCAUGAGAGAUGCUACUUGUUGCUUCAAGGUGUUGCAGCUUCUCCCUUUUCCUCUCUUUUUUUCCUUUUCCACCAUUCAGCCCAGCUUGAGCGUUAAUACUUGCUUCGCAAAUCAUGGCGGCCAGACAACCGCUGUUCACCUUUCUUCCUCUCGUCUCCUCUCUGCUUUCCUUCAUCUUGGUUCUCCUCCUCCUCCUUGCUGGAACAAAUAACGUCCUUUCCGGCCUCUACUAUAUCAAGACGGACACAACUGGAUUCUCGGUCUCUUCCAAGCUCUCCAGCUCCACCUACCUACAAGACCUCUCCGCAGUUUCAGGCGCAGACCUAGUCGGCCAGCCCUCCACCGCCUCAUCUCUCGGUCUCGCCGAAACCUACACGGUCCUACUGCUCACCUCGUGCGCCCACUUCCCCGACGGCGCCGUCUCCUGCUCCCACCCCAGCCUCAGCUUCUCCUUCGACCCACGCACCGACCUCCGCCUGGACAGCACCUCCCUACAGGGUACCUACCCCCAGUCCCUCCUCUCCGCCCUCUCCCACCACCGCAAAACCACCCGCUUCGUCGCACCCGCCUACAUCCUCGCCGCCGCCCUCCUCGUCCUCGCGCCCCUCCUAGCAACCCUCUCCCCGCCCUCCUUCCCCGCCCUCGCCGCCCCGGCCCUAUCCGCCCUCGCCGCGCUCCUCCUCCUCGCCGCGGCCGCCGCGGCCGCCGCCUCCUCCCGCGCCGUCGACUCCGCCUUCAACGCCGCCCUGCGCGAGACCGGCCUGUCCAGCUCGACCGGCAGGCCCGCGCCCGCCGUGGCCGUCGGCGUCGCCGCGUUCGCGCUCGCCCUACUCGCCGCCGUCGUGCUGGUCGUGCGGGCGCGGCGCGACCGUCGCGUCGGGGGGGCCAUGCAGCGCGGGGGGGAGAAGAAGGGGGCUGGCGGUCUGCUGGGCGGCCGCGUGCCGUGGGGGAGGCAUCGGUAUGCGCCGGUCGAUGACCGGGUUGCGCUGGUGGGGAAGGGUGGGUAUGAGGGGUCGCGGCACCAGGAGGGGGUUGUUUUCGAUUCGUCUGAGGGCGGGGGGAGGCACUUGGAUGAUAACUGGGCUGCUGAGGAUGAGUAUUCGGCUGGUGGGCGGGGCAUCCCCUUGAAAUCGCUGGGAGUGGGCGUUAAGCAGAGGAGGGAUAUGAAUACGGCUUAUGAGCCGUACAGCAGUGCGCCAAGUUGAGGUGUUGUGGCCUAGGGGCUGAAUACUAGUUAGGCGUUAACUUGGGCUUCUGGUGUUGAAAAAGAUGUCACAGUUUUAGGGGUUUGCAUUUAUUUUCAGGACUCGCCCGGGCAUGUGUAUUUAUGUUCGGUUUGCAAUGCCUACCUACGUAAACUGAGGCUUCUGAGGGAGAGCCAUGAUCCUGGUGCAUCAUGUGAAGCUAGGGGGCUGACGUCUACAAUCGGUGAUAAUAGGGGUCAGGGGAUUGCAAACAAAAUUGAGCAUACGUCGGUCCACAUCUAAUUAGCGCGCAGAAAUGAAGCUGAGAGCACCAACCAGAAUAUGAUUAA